AUGAAUACAUUUAAUGAAAAGAUAGAUAGUGUAAAGAAGCAAUUACAAGAUACACCAAUCAAUACAGCAAAGAUCAUUAGCAAUGUAGAGAGAAUACAUCAAGACCAAUUCAAAACUUUUAGAUCAACACAAGAAACUAAUAAUACUACUUCUGCUUCUUUAGAGUUUUAUUCAUCAUGUAAGUUGGUUGUACAAUAUGAUAAAAAGUCAAUCGCUGAAUCAAAAACAAAAAGACACAACACCACACGAUCAGAUACAUCAGCAACAGACACAGUAGAGCAUCCACAAUCAACAUCAUCAAGUACUUUUUGUUGUUUCAUUUCUUUUAAAUACCAUAGACCAAGACAAGACAAAGCAGUAGUUAGCAGCAAGACAACCAAGAAGAUCUUCAAUUUCGUUUAUUGUGUGUCUGUGUCUAUGUCUGUCACCGUUAUUUAA